AUGUCGCCACCGGCGGGGUGGGAUCUCCAACCCGCCCCGCCGACCAACUACAUGAGCGCCGAGUUCUGGGAGAACCUCUGCCAGGAGGUCGAGGGGAUGAGGCAGGCCCUGGACCAGCCCUCGGAGAGCGAGGCUUCCGAAGAUGAAGGCCCGACCACGACGGCAAGCCCCGAGUCUGUUGCCGUCCGGGGCCAGGGCCAGGGCCAGGACCAGACGCCGCCGGCGCUGUCGGGCUUGCUUUCCAGCAUCGGUUGCCACAGUACGGAGGAGCUGAAGCACCCGCCGCGCGAGCACAUCCUGUACAUGUGCAGGAUAUUCUUCUCCAACGUUGACCCGGCCUUCAAGGUCGUCCACCGGCCGACCAUCUCGGCCGAGCUGGAGGCCUUUGCGAACUCGCCGAACAAACGCAUCGACGUUGCCACGGAGGCAUUGUUCUUUUCCAUGUACUUUGGCGCCAUCACCGGGUUGUCCCAUGAGGCGUGUCUCGCCAACCUGGGCGAGGAGAGGCGCGUGCUCGCACAGAGGUACAGGGAGGGCGUCGAGCAGGCGCUGCAAAAGGCAGACUUUCUCAACAGCACGGAAAUCAGGACCCUUCAGGCGCUGACAAACUAUGUCUGCUUCCUCCGCAGCCACAACGCCAGCCGCGCCUCGUGGGCCCUCAUCCCGCUCGUCGUCCGCCUCGCCCAGGCGCUGCAUCUCCACCGCGACGGCGCCUCGCCGCCCCUGCCGCCCUAUGAGGCCGAGAUGCGCCGCCGGCUGUGGUGGAUGAUUGUCGUGCUCGACAUCCGCGCCGCCGAGGACCGCGGCACGGACGCCGCCAUCCCCCGGCAGUCGUACAACACCAGACUGCCCUUCAACCUCGACGACGACGACUUUGGCCCAUCGACGACGACGCCGCUCGAAGACCGGACGGGGCCCACCGAAAUGACCUUUUGUCUCUGCACGUCCAUGUCCUCGGGCAUCUUUGGCAACUUGCGGCCGAGGCACCCGCAGCUCGCGCUGGACGCCGACGGCUCGCCGGAGACAACGACGUCAGAGGACGAGAUCAUGGCGCACGCGCAGCGCCUCGAGGCGCUCUUCGGCACGGCGCCGCCCAAGACGCCCGCCUCGCCGUCGCAGCAGCAGGAGGAGGAAGACGUCCGCAACCUCCCCGCCAGCCACGCCGCGGUGACGGUGCGCAUCAUCAUUCUCAAGAUGUGGCUGUCGGCCCAGUACCCCUUCACGCCGCGGGCGGCGACGGCGGCGGCGAAACCCCGCGUCGCGCGAGAGACGAUGCUCCGCACGGCGGUAAACACGAUCGAGCUGGUCGAGCUCAGCACUGUGACGUACCGCGAGCGGUUCGGGUGGUGGAUCGACAGCUACGUGCAGUGGCACCCGCUCGCGGUCGCGCUGGCGGAGCUGUGCGUGCAGACGCGCGGGGAGCUGGUGGACAGGGCGUGGGCGGUUGUCGACCGCAACUUCAACGGGAUGAGGGACCGGAUCGCCGACACGAGGAGGGGCACGCUGUGGAGGCCGUUGAGGAAGCUGUUGAGGAAGGCGAGGGCUGCGCGGGCGGAGGCGCUGAUGGGAGAUGUGAAGCUGGGUGACCAGAAGCCGGCACCGGCUGUUGGCAGGGAGAACGUCGGGGAGAAGAAAGAGGAGGGUGAUGGCGAGGACGAGGACGAGGACGAGGAUAUCGAUGUUGACGUCGAAGGAGACGGAGAGGGGAAUGGAGAUGUCGAUGCCGAGGUGGAUGCCCGGCCAGGUCUGGGUGCGCCGGCGUUGCAUCCGGCGUUCAAACUGGACCGCAUCGGCAUCGGCAGAGGAGGCAACAGUGCGGUCGCGCCCGAGCGGAACACCGCCAUACCUCCGGCCGCCCCUCCCACGACUACAACCACCAUAGGCCUAGGCACGCCCAUGGCUAUCGACACACAGCCGCCGGCGACGGACGCCCAGAACAUGCCGAACGCAUACGGCCUGGCGCUCGAGGACAUGGACGCUGGGGCCAUGCCGUUGUGGGGCCACCCGCAGCUCCUGAUAAACCACUUUGGGAUCCAGAUGGACGUUGGGGAUUUCACGUGGGACCCGAGUACGUGGAACGAGUUUGUGAGCGACGCGAACCUGGAGAGGUCGCCCGGGGACGAUUGA